UUUAUUGCUGAUGUAAAAAGAAAGCUAAACAUCCAAUUACACUCGUAUAAUAUUCAGCAAAGUUGUUUAAAAUUCAUUUUCGUAAAAUUAAAAUUUAUUAUUCCGAGUUUUUAAUGUUUUUAAAAAUGUGUUCCUUCCACUAAAUUACAGAUCAAUUAUAUAUAAUUCAUAUAUAGCUUAUAUAAUCCAUUCCCAUAUAAUACUCUGAUAUCAUGUCGACUUUGGAAGAUAAAAUUUUGGGAGAGAAGUUGCACUACUACUGUAGCAGUUCGAGUGAAGAUGAGGAAAAUGAUUCUGAAGAUUCCAAUGAGGAAGCUAAUGAUGUAAAAUGUAUUGAGGAUAAUGCGCACUAUGUUGCGCCUGCAGAAUGGGAUGGAGUUUCGAAUAAUACAGGACCUAAAGGUGUGAUAAAGGAUUGGCAAAGAUACAAGCAACUAGAAGCAGAAAAGCGAGAAUUGCAAGAAAGAGAAAAAUUGCAGUUAAUUAAAAAACUGAGUUUAACAUGUCGCAGUGCUUUGGACGAGGAGAAGGAAAAGCUGAAUGAGACAGAUCCAGAUUUGGAAAAUUUAUUGACCGAUGACUUCCUAUUGGAAUACCAAAAGCAGAGAAUGAAAGAAAUGCUUGCAAAAACAGAGAAGCUUUACUUUGGAAAAGUUAUUGAUUUAGAGAGUGCGGAUCAAUUUUUGCAAGCUAUCGAUGAAGAAGACAAAUCAGUGACUGUUAUAGUUCAUAUUUAUGAAAAUAAUGUACCUGGUUGUGAAGCUAUGAAUGGAUGCUUGAUAUCUCUCGCUGAAGAAUAUCCUCGUGUGAAAUUUUGUAGGAUUCUAGGCUCAAUUGCAGGUCUCAGCAAACAAUUCAAAAAAUUUGGCGUGCCAGCAUUGUUGGUAUAUAAAAAAGGACAAGUUAUAGGAAAUUUUGUACACAUGACAGAUCAUCUGGGAAUGGAUUUUUAUUCAUCAGAUGUGGAGAUGUUUCUUAUUGAACAUGGAAUGCUCAUUGACAAAAACUGUGUACCUCUCAUCAUUUCAAAAAACGAAAACGAAACCUCUAGUAAUUAAAAAGAAACUUUAGUAUUAAGAUAAUUUAAUUUCGCAAGAAAUCUUUUAAUAAACGGUGUCGAAUAAUAUAUUAAUUAAAAAUCACACAAUGUGUAAGAUGUUUAACAAAGAAGAAUCAAAUAUAAAGAUUAUAA